CGGCGGAGCGCCUGGGCGCAGCCCGGCAGCAGGGCGCGGCGGCGGGCGCGGGCUCCCCCGUCCUCCUCCCCCAGCGGCCGCCGCGAGGAUGGCCCGGAGACCCCGGCACAGCAUAUACAGCAGUGAUGAUGAUGAAGAAGAUGUUGAGAUGUACGACCACGAUUACGACGGCCUGCUUCCUAAGGCUGGGAAACGUCACCUAGGGAAAACCAGGUGGACCCGCGAGGAGGAUGAGAAACUGAAGAAACUUGUGGAGCAGAAUGGCACAGAAGACUGGAAAGUCAUUGCCAAUUUCCUUCCUAAUCGGACAGAUGUUCAGUGCCAGCACCGGUGGCAGAAAGUAUUAAACCCAGAACUUAUCAAAGGUCCAUGGACUAAAGAGGAGGAUCAAAGGGUAAUAGAACUCGUGCAGAAAUACGGUCCAAAGCGCUGGUCGGUCAUUGCUAAGCACUUGAAGGGAAGAAUUGGAAAACAGUGCAGGGAGAGGUGGCACAACCAUCUGAAUCCAGAAGUGAAGAAAACCUCCUGGACAGAAGAGGAAGAUAGAAUUAUUUACCAGGCACACAAGAGACUGGGAAACAGAUGGGCAGAAAUUGCAAAGUUGCUGCCUGGACGGACUGAUAAUGCUAUCAAGAACCACUGGAAUUCCACCAUGCGCCGGAAGGUCGAGCAGGAGGGCUACCUGCAGGAGUCCUCCAAAGCCGGCCUGCCCUCAGCAGCCACCGGCUUCCAGAAGAGCAAUCACCUGAUGGCCUUUGCCCACAACCCACCUGCAGGCCCACUCCCCGGGGCCGGCCAGGCCCCGCUGGGCAGUGACUACCCCUACUACCACAUUGCUGAGCCACAAAACGUCCCUGGUCAGAUCCCAUAUCCAGUAGCACUGCAUGUAAAUAUUGUCAAUGUUCCUCAGCCAGCUGCUGCAGCUAUUCAGAGACACUAUAAUGAUGAAGACCCUGAGAAAGAAAAACGAAUAAAGGAAUUAGAGUUGCUACUAAUGUCGACUGAGAAUGAACUGAAAGGGCAGCAGGCAUUACCAACACAGAACCACACAGCAAACUACCCCGGCUGGCACAGCACCACAGUUGCUGACAAUACCAGGACCAGUGGUGACAAUGCACCUGUUUCCUGUUUGGGGGAACAUCACCACUGUACUCCAUCUCCGCCAGUGGAUCAUGGUUGCUUACCUGAGGAAAGUGCGUCCCCUGCACGGUGCAUGAUUGUUCACCAGAGCAACAUCCUGGAUAAUGUUAAGAAUCUCUUAGAAUUUGCAGAAACACUCCAGUUAAUAGACUCCGAUCCUUCAUCAUGGGGUGAUCUCAGCAGUUUUGAAUUCUUUGACGACACAGACAUUCUGGCUGGCAAAGCUACUUCAGGCAGAGCCGUGCAGCUGCAGCAUGGAGGGGCCAGUGCUUGUAGAUCUCCAGGAUGCCCCAUCGCAAACCUGAGCAAAACCAUGACAAGUCAGGGCUCUCCUGGCUCACCAAAGUCCUUGUCUGCCUCGCAGGGCAGUGCAGCUCCGUGGGUCCUUCGCAAAAGGAGAGGGCAUGCCAGCCCCUUAGCCAGUGGCCCCAGUAGCACCUUGGGACUGGCUGACAGCAGCAGCUCAACUUCUAAGCACUCCCCUGUCAAAAGCCUGCCCUUCUCUCCCUCUCAGUUCUUAAACACAUCGUCCAAUCACGAAAAUCUGAACCUGGACAACCCUGCACUAACCUCCACGCCGGUGUGUGGCCAUAAGAUGGCUGUUACCACCCCAUUCCACAGGGACCAGACUUUCAAAACUCAGAAGGAAAAUCACGUUUUCAGAACUCCUGCAAUCAAGAGGUCGAUAUUAGAGAGCUCUCCAAGAACACCCACUCCAUUCAAAAACGCACUUGCAGCUCAGGAAAUCAAAUAUGGUCCUUUGAAGAUGUUGCCUCAAACUCCGACUCAUCUUGUAGAAGAUCUGCAGGACGUUAUCAAGCAGGAGUCGGAGGAAUCUGCGAUAGUGGCAGGGCUACAUGAAAGUGGACCCCCUUUGCUGAAGAAAAUCAAACAAGAGGUGGAGUCUCCUACAGAUAAAGCUGGAAAUUUUUUUUGCUCAAACCACUGGGAAGGGGAAAACCUGAACACUCAGCUCUUUACACAUGCAUCUUCCAUGGAAGAUGUGCCAAAUCUUCUCACCAGCUCAAUUUUAAAGAUGCCAGUGUCAGAAGAGGACGGCAGUUUCCACAAAACAUUUGCUGUACCUAGGAACCGACCACUAGCUAGCCCACUGCAGCAUUUGAACAACGCUUGGGAGUCGGCGUCUUGCGGGAAAAUCGAGGACCAGAUGGCCCUGACCGACCAGGCACGCAAGUACAUGGCCGCAUUCCCAACCCGGACUCUGGUGAUGUGAAAGGGCCGACGGACUUCUCCGGAGAAGCAUUAUGGUUGGCAAACACUCCUCGUUCGCUGGGGAGUCCCUGUUCCUCUGCACAAGGACUUUUCAUGAAUGGGAGACGAGCCUAUCUUUGUUGUGGUACAACAGUUGGGAGAGCACGAAGUGCAUUUAGUCACUGAGCAUAUAUUUUCUUGUUGGAUUUCACCCAACUUAAGAGAUUUUUUUUUUUUUUUUUUUUUUUUUUUGA